CCCCCACACACUCAUCCCUCCUUUCUUUCACUCCUUCCCCCUCUCUUCCAACUCCUCCUUCUCCCUCUCCGCCGCUAUUUCCAACAGCUGAUUUCCAGACCAGAGAGAGAGGAACACGGCGAGACCGCUCAGGUGUGGAGUCAGCUGCAGCAGAAGGAUUUAAAGCGGGCAGAAAUGCGCGGAGAGCGCUGCGAUCCGCACGCGUCCGUCAUGAAGAUCUGAGCUCCGCCGCCGUCCGCUCCGAGAGAUGGCUUUCCAUGGAUCCUCUCGGCCAACAGUGUGUGGUAACUUGUUCCCUGGAUCAGAGUUAGGCCACAAGUAUUUUUGUGUCAACACCACGACCGGCACUACCUCAACGGGUCUCAGCGCAACACCAAAUCCGACCGGACCCAACGCACCCGCUGGGACUCCCAGACACCCGGCGUCUCUCGGGGGCAGCGCAGGCGGAGGGGCAGCCAUCCCGCAACCUCACAGUAACCCAGCAAGUGAGGUACCAAGUCCUGCUGAAAUGGAGCCUGAUCGGCCCAUCGGUUAUGGUGCAUUUGGGGUGGUCUGGUCUGUGACGGACCCUCGGGAUGGGCGUAAGGUGGCUCUGAAGAAAAUGCCGAAUGUCUUCCAGAACCUGGUCUCCUGCAAACGUGUGUUCAGGGAACUCCGGAUGCUGUGUUUCUUUAAACAUGACAAUGUGCUGUCAGCCCUGGACAUUCUCCAACCUCCACAAAUCGACUGCUUUGAGGAGAUAUACGUGAUCACUGAGCUCAUGCAGAGUGACCUACAUAAAGUCAUCGUUUCCCCUCAGCCUCUCACCACCGAUCACAUCAAGGUGUUCCUCUACCAGAUACUCAGGGGCCUGAAGUACCUGCACUCUGCAGGCAUUCUGCACAGAGACAUCAAACCAGGGAACCUGCUGGUCAACAGCAACUGUCUGCUGAAGAUUUGUGACUUUGGCCUGGCGCGUGUGGAGGAGCCGGAUCCUUCUCGUCACAUGACCCAGGAGGUGGUGACGCAGUAUUACCGUGCUCCAGAGGUUCUGAUGGGAUGCCAGCAUUACACUUCAUCUAUAGACGUAUGGUCUGUAGGCUGCAUCUUCGCAGAGUUGCUGGGCAGACGUAUUCUCUUCCAGGCUCAGAGCCCCAUACAACAGUUGGAUCUGAUCACUGAUCUGCUCGGGACUCCUCCUCUUUCUGCCAUGGCAUCCGCGUGUGAAGGAGCACGAGCGCACAUUCUUAGAGGACCCCACAAACCACCCUCACUGUCUGUUCUGUACAUGCUCUCAGAUGGAGCAACACAUGAAGCUGUUCAUCUUUUGUGCCGCAUGCUAGUUUUUGAUCCAGCUAAGCGCAUCUCAGGCAGUGACGCUCUGUCUCAUCCGUAUUUGGAUGAGGGUCGUCUGCGGUACCACACCUGCAUGUGUAAGUGCUGUUACUCUGUGCCGAGCGGAAGGGUGUACACCCGAGACUUUGAGCCGCCUGCGGAUCGACCUUUCAGCCACAACUAUGAGCAGAGCAUGCACUCCGUCUGGCAGGGCAAAGAGCUCAUCCAUCGUUUUAUAACAGAGCACCAGCAAGGCAAACGAGUGCCUUUGUGCAUCAAUCCCCAGAGUGCAGCCUUCAAAACCUUCAUCAGAUCCACAGCCUGGCAUUCCUCAAAAGUAUCAAGGAAAGAAGAGAGAUGAGGGAUGAGGUGGAUUCUGGGAAAUGUGGAUCAUAGGAGCAAGCAUGCUUUGGAGAUGAAGAUGGAUCACAUGCUUUUGAAUUAACUCUCAGCACUCAUUCCAAUUCGACAUGGGAAUUUUAAGAAAAACACUUUUUUUUUUUUUUCCA